UUCGUUUUUACCGUUUUGCUGGCAACGUUGCCAGUCUGAAGGAAAAAGCAGAGAAAUUUUGAAGAACCCUAUUCUGCUUUUGAACCCGGAAAGCCCGAAUCAUGAUGACGAAAGGUCUGAAACGUUUUUCUGUAUCGGACUCCAACUCUGACUCGCCUUUCCGGAAUAAAAGGAUUAUGGCGGGAUCCUCGUAUGACUCCAAUAGGGCAGAGCCUUCUCAAGAGCAGUCAACAGAUACACCUCCAUUGGAUGCACAGCGGGCUGCAUCAUCUCGGCAGCAUGUGAGAGCUCUGAACACCCAAUUUGCAAGUUGGGUACAAACACAACUAAAGAAUCAUCCUGAUGAACUUUGGGAAGAUGGUGUCCGUGAUUAUCUAGCUCAUGCUUCAAACAUUAUGGAGAAAUUCAGUGAUGUCGUUAACUGGCUUAAAGUAAAUGCUGCAAAAGGGGAAAAUUUGGCAGCAGCAGGAUCUUAUAUUACUGCUGAAAAGAAAAUGGCUCCCGAGUCCGCGAAUAGUAAUACAAAAUUUAAUCAGACAAAACCCUUUUUUUCACCAAUUGGUACAACUGUUAGCUUUGCAACUUCAUGGAGUUCUGGAGUAUUCUCCAACGGCCAAAGCUCUGCAGGUGCCUUCUCCAACAACCACAGCUCCACAGGAGUAACACCUACAAUCCAAAGUUCGGCAGGAGAAUUUUCUAACAGUCAAAGCUCUUCAGAAAUAUUUGGCAGCCAGAGCUCGCCAGUCUUAUUGACUAGUCAGAGCUCCGGACUAUUUCCCAGUACUCUAAGUUCUGGAAUGUUUUCCACAAGUCAGAGCACUGGAUCAGAUCAAAAGAAAACUGAAAGUUUCGGAAUAUUUGCCAAUAUUCAAAGCUCGGCAAUAUUUUCGAAUAAUCAAAGCUCCGGAGUAUUUUCUAGUAGUCAAAGUUCUGUGGCUUUCCCCAACACUCCCAGUUUUGGACUUUUCUCCAACAGUCAAAGCUUGGGGUUGUCUUCCAAUACUCAGAGUUCUGCGGCGUUCUCCAGCACUCCCAGUUUUGGAUUAUUAUCCAACAGUCAAAGCCCUGGGUUGCCCUUCAACAAUCAGCCCCCUUCCAUGUUUGGAUUUCAAAGUUCAGCUCCCCCAAAGCAAGAUGAAGCAGAUGAUGAAAAUGGAUUGGAGCAACCUGGAAGCCCAUCUGUGGAAAAGUCUGAAGAGAAGGGUGUUGUUGUAGUCCAUGAAGUCAAGUGCAAACUUUAUGCGAAGUCAAGUGAUCCAGCAGAUAAAGAUGCAUGGAAAGAUAAAGGCACAGGGCAGCUAUCCAUUAAAUGCAAAGAGGGUGUCAGCAAGGGUACAAAAGAAUCAAAACCAACAGUCAUUGUUCGAAAUGAUGUGGGAAGAGUGCAGCUUAAUGCCUUGUUAUAUUCUGGCAUUAAGACGAAUGUACAGAAGAAUUCCCUUGUUGCAAUAUUCCAUACUGCGGGCGAAGGUGAUGAAAAUGACAGUGUCGUGGCGCGUACUUUCUUAAUUAGGUUGAAAACAGAGGAAGAUAGAAACAAACUGGCCACAGCAUUCCAAGAAUAUGCUCCUGCAUCCUGAAAACGAGUUCCGGUACAUUGAGCUACAAUAAUGUAAUCGUGUACUGCUAGAAAGAAUUUAAUUUUUUCAAAUUUUGCGAGGGCGGGUUUGUUAGCUGCCUCUUUUUUUGAGGCUCCGGAUCGAGCAGGGUCAGUUUUGAUGAGACUCAAUAAAGUUAGUGUGUUUAGGAAGCUACCAAAUCUUUGUACCACCAUUUAGCUAUCGAAGUUGCAAUUUAGCCCCUUUUAUCCCAUUUACCUGGCAAUUGUUGGAUCAUGUAUGCAGCAAUUUUUCACCGGUUUUCAUGGUUGAUUGGUCCCCUUGUACUUCA